AUGCUUUAUCAUGCACGAGAAAUCCAGACGGCCCGUCGCGCCCUCUUACGGCCCCUCGCGGCCCCCUCCCACGGCCCUUCGCGGCCCCUUCGCGGCUCCCUUGCGGCCCCUUCGCCGCCCUUCGCGGCCCCUCUCACGGCCCUUCGCGGCCCCUUGCGGCCCCUCGCGGCCCCUUUGCGGCCCCUCGCGGCCUCGUCGCCGCCCUUCGUGGCCCCUGCGCGGCCCCUUCUCGGCCCCGCCGCCGUCCUUCGCGGCCCCUUCACGGCCCGUCGUGGCCCCUUCGCCGCCCUUAGCGGCCCCUUCUCCGCUCCUCCGCGGCCCCUUCUCGGCUUCUUCACGGCCCUGCCGCCCAGCCGUCGUCGCCCCAGCAGCAGCGGCCGUCGCGCCGUCACAACCGCCGCCACCACUGUCGAGGCCGCCGCCGCCGCCGCUGCUGACAGCAGGAGCCGCCGCCACCGGUGCAGUGACAGCAGCAGCCGCCGCCGCCGACGACAACAGCAGCCGCCGCCGCCGCUGACAGCAGCAGCCGCCGCCGCCGCUGCCGUGACAGCCGCCGCCGUCGCUGCAGGAGCCGCGGUGGCCGCCGCCACCACCGCCUCGAGCAGCAGCCGCCACCGCUGCCGUAACGGCCGCCGCCGCGGCUACCGGGGCCACAGCAGCCGCCGCCAACAACAACAGGAGCCGCUGCAGCUGUCGCGGCCCUGUCCCUGCAGGCACGCCUCGGCCCUGCCCCUCCUCUUGCGGCACUCUACCCUCCCGCCCUGCGUUCUCGUCUUUGAUGCUGAGGGUCGGGCUGUUGACUUUGAGGUCUGGGUCGAUGAUCUGCAGCUUUUCCUACAGUGCGAUAGGGCAGACGGUCUCUCACUGUUCGAUCUCACGUCUGGCGCCUCUACUGCCCCUGCUGCCAAUGCUGACAGCACUGUUCGCUCACAGUGGGCCACACGCGAUGCUGCUGCCCGUCUUGCUGUGCAUAGUCACUUGCCGUCCACUGAGCGCGCGCACUUUAGUCAGUACAAGAGUGCAAAGACCUUGUACGAGGCUGUAGUCGCACACUACUCUUCCCCUGCCACUGCUGCCCUUAGCCGCCUCAUGAUGCCGUACCUGUUCCCUGACCUCGCCGCCUUCCCCACAGUCGCUGACCUCAUUACGCACCUUCGCACAAGUGACACCCGCUACCGCGCUGCGCUUCCUGCUGAGUUCUGCGCCAAGAACCCCCCCCCCAUGUACAUCACCCUCUACUACAUAGUCACCCGGCUCAUUGACUCCCUUCGCUCGGUCAGGGACCACUUCCUCUCUGUUUGCCCCACCACACUCACCGUUGACCUCCUCGAGGAGCGCCUCCUGGCAGCUGAGAAGAGUAUAGUAGCUGUAGGAGCCUCUCGUGGUGACCCUCGUGCCCCCUUCUUUGAGGGGUGCUCCCCCUCCCCCCUUUUGCCCUUUGUUGCCUCUGCUGCUGCCGUCGACUUCGUUGGCACCGAGUCGGUUGGCGCUGCGUCUGCCCCUAGCGGGAGACGCCGCACCGGCAAGGGCAAGGGGGGCAAGGGCGUUGGAGGGGCUGGCAGGGGCGGUGGAGGUGGCGGUGGAGGCAGCGGCGGGAGUGGGGGUGGCGGUGGGAGUAGUGGCGGGGGUGGGGGCUUCGGUGGCAGCGGUGGAGGCGCAGGCAGCGGCGGAGGUGGCGGUGGGAGCGGAGGAGAAGGCGGUGGCGGCGGUGGCGGAGGUGGCGGCGGCGGAGGUGGAGCUGGUCGGGGUGGCUCUGCGCAGCGGGGCGGCUUCGGUGGCGGUCAGCGCCAGCAGCAGCAGCGCACUCGUGAGACCCCGCCCCCCCAGCAGCUUCGUGAGUGGUACACUGUGCGUCAGCGGGGUGGGGGUGCUGGUCCUUGUGCCUACGUCCUGCAUACCGGCGACCGCACUGGAGAGCCGUGCGGUGGCCCGCACACCACCCAGCGCUGCUUCGGCCGCCUGACGGACGCUUGGCGUCUCCAGUUCCCUGACGCCACUGAGAUCCCCCGCUGGGGCGAGCUGCUUAGGUCGGGGGUUGCUAUCUUUGAUCUAGAUUAUGAUGCUAUUCUUGCUGCCAUGUAUGUUGUGUCUACUAGUGAUGAGGGUGACUGUUACCUGUGUGUUCCACCUGACCCGGGCAUUGAGGCUGCUGCUCUAGGUGCUGGUGACGCUGCUGCUCUAGUUGCUAGUGCGUCUGCUAUCCCAGGUGCUGGUGAGUCUGCUCUCUCAGGUACCACGUCGGCUCAGGCCUUCCACACCUUCACCCUUGACUCGGGUGCUUCCCACUCCUUCUUUCGAGACCGCACCACGCUUACACCGCUUAGUCGGCCGGUUGCGGUCUCCCUGGCGGACCCCUCUGGGGGUCCUGUCCUUGCCCACUUCUCCACUGUCUUACCGUGUCCGGCGGCCCCCUCUGGCACCCUGUCAGGUCUCUACCUCCCCUCGUUCUCUACGAACUUGGUGAGUGGUGCUGAUCUACAGGAUGGGGGGGUUGACCAGUUCACUCCUGCGAGUCAGCGAGUGACCCACUAUACGUGUGCUCGGACGGGCCGACACUUGGCCACGUUUACCCGUCAGCCGGGGUCGAGCCUGUACACACUGACUACUGCGUCUCCUUUGGUUGCUGAAUCUGGUCAGGUAGCUGCGUCGGGUCAGGUGUUUGCUGCAGCGUCCAGGUCUGGUCCUGAGUCUGCUCCCUGCUCGUGUCGUCUGCUGUCCCGCUAG